AUGGAAGAAUUGGUCUCGACUCCUGUAGUGAAUUCCUACUCGCUAGAGCAUGACGCUUCAACUUUAUUACUGCAUAACUCUCAACGACCGAUGCAGGCGAUGCUCUGCUUGUUACUGCUUUUCUACUUGCCCUUGGUGAGCACCAACUGCAUUCAGUGUGCAUCGCCAACCUUGCUCAAUCAAUGGCAACUCACAGGCUUACCUAGUCAUCCGGCCGGUUUACCAUUUACUCCCCUCUGUAAUAGUAUCGGUACCGAUGAUCCUCCUGAAGAAAACAUGAAGGUCUCUUCCUGUUCGACCGUAUGUUUCGAAAUGGUUAUUCCAUCUGCAAAUCAGUACCAUUUUGUGCGAGGAUGUCAUGAUGAGUUCAUUGAAACCGGUGUGACGGAACAGCAGGUCACUUCGGACGAUAAAUGCUUUUAUUCAAAAAAAGGCGACCAGCUGAUCACAAGUACUGAUGGCAAGAUACAAGUGCCUGCAGUUGCUGCUAUCCAUUAUGCAAAGGUUGGUGGUGAAGAGACAGUUGUUAAUGCAAAACUUUCAAUGAAAACUCUAGUACUAGAAGCAGCGGUCAAUGCUGAUCCAACUAUUCUGAAGACCCUAACAUGCUCAGAUUUACGCCCAGUGAAUUGCGUAAAAAGUAUGUACUACGAUGGUACCGGUGAAGACAACAACAAACAAUCCUGCAGUGGUGGUGUCUGUACCAGCAUUGAAGGCCAUUUAAAUGGAAGGAAAUAUAUCGAACGAGGAUGUGCACCAAUUUCUCCGUACACACAGACUGCAUGUGUUACAAUGCGUACGAAUAGCACGUUCGCAGCAGGACCCGGUGAUGGUGGUUCGUUGUCCAGAGAGAAACGUUCGCUGAAUGUGAUCCUGGAUGCCACCGAAUGCUUCUGCUCGAAAGUGGCACAGUGGCUCGGGGCGCUGUUCACACCGAUAGCAUUGAUGGUACGAGAUAAUCGUCUAUUAGGAGGAGACGAGAAAGAACGGAUCGUAUUCAGCGUACCCGAAAAACGAUCUAAAGAACGACAAAAGCAGCAUUAUUUUGAUACCUCGCAUGAGGACUUGAAAUUAGUUGGCAUUCAUCCCAUUCAUUCUAAGGGAGACACAAGAAAAGGAGACCCUCAAUCUGGAACAAAGGCUGAUGAAUAG